AUGGCCACAAUCGGUUCUAUGUGGACUGGCUAUCCUUACAUAGAUGUAGGUGAUUAUUCCAUUUGUGUUUUACAAGCAAAUUCCUUACAACCAAUAUACUUGGGAAAAUUUAUAUCGCCAGUAGGAGUACCUAAAGACAAGAAGCUCUUGGCUAUUUCAGGAGGAUCCGGGUUUGUAUGUGGGCUGCUUUAUGGUUCACAGUUUCCAAUAUGCUGGGGUGACAUAGAAUUGCCACAGUCUCUAGAAAACAUAAGCUUUACAAGCUUGAAUUGUGGCAGGAGCCACUGUUGUGCGAUCCGGAGUGACGACAGUAAAAUCAACUGCUGGGGUAUAUUCAUCUACAAAUCUCCAGACCAGCCAUUCGUGUCAGUCUCAUUGGGAAUAGAUUUUUCCUGUGGCCUGACCCAAGAUGGAAAUAUUACUUGUUGGGGUCAUCUCUCUGAUGCUAUACCACAACCAGAUCGAGGCACUGGAACCUUUGUAUCUCUAUUCGCGGGAGGUUACUCCAUAUGUGGGAUAGAAAGCUCCACAAGGGAUAUACUUUGCUGGGGGGAAGAUGCUUCUUACACUUAUGCUCCAUCUGUUUUUCAAUUCUCUAGCGUAACCGGAGGACGCUAUCAUAUGUGUGGCAUUAGAGCGGAUAAUCACCAAGUGGUGUGCUGGGGACAAAACAAUGUUUAUCAGCUUAGAGCUCCAAAGAAUGUCUCAUUCACAGCCAUUUCAGCUGGCGACUUUUAUACUUGUGGUUUCACGCGGGAUGGGCGUUUAAGAGUUCUUUGCUGGGGAGGAUACAAGGAAGAGUAUUGGGAAGUUAACAUCACUGGCAUUCAUGUUAGUCAGGCGAUAUGCUCAAGCCGGUGUCGCAAGGAUCAAUACCAGACUUCUAAGUAUGGGUGUCCAUCGCUAACAGAUCGGGUGUGCUUGGAUUGUUCAGUGUGUACUGGUGAUGAUAUUGAGCUUGUUCCGUGUGGGAUCAACACUGAUCGUGUGUGUGGGAAGCCAUCUUUGGCUUCUCAUCAAGGGGAUAUUAAGAACCUGAGGAAACUCUUCCUUGUGCUGUUGUAUUUGAUCAUCACGUUGUCUUUUGGGCUCAUUCUCAUGGCUACGUUUUCGUAUUUUACUUAUAUGAAGAAGAGGAAGCUAGAAACACUUGCUAACAUUGUGAGCUUUUCCAGGAGCGACAUACUUUAUUUCUCCUCGGCAGAGCUGAGAGAGGCGACCAACAACUACAGCGAUGAAAUGGUUUUGAGCAAGAGUGCUUCUGGAAAUGUUUACAAGGGACUGCUCCAAAAUGGUCAGGAGGUUGCUAUCAAGCAAGCGAAGCUGUUUAACAGUGAUGAAAACAGGUCGGAGAAAAUGUUUGAGAAGGAACUGCAUCUUCUCGGGAGAGCUCACCACUCAUGCCUGGUGAAUUUGAUUGGAUACUGUGAGGUGGACAAGCUUUUGGUCUUUGAGUUCAUGCCCAGAGGAACUCUUUCUCAAAAUAUAUAUACCAAAACGCCACCAUUGGACUGGGUAAGCCGGAUAAGAAUCGCUGAACAGGCUGCCCGAGGCCUUGAGUAUCUUCACAGGUAUGCAUCGCCAAGCAUCAUUCACAGGGACGUGAAAUCAUCGAACAUCCUUCUCGACUACAACUGGAAUGCUCACGUCUCGAAUUUUGGCCUUUGCUCGCUUGAAGAAACUCAAGCCAGUGGAACAACCAUCACAACACCCGGUUACUUGGAUCCCGAGUAUGGUUCCUGUCUCCGCCUCACAGCCAAGAGCGAUGUUUACAGCUUUGGAGUGGUUCUUCUAGAGUUACUCUCCGGUGAGAAGCCGAUUGAUUCUUCGAGAAAUAUCCAGGACUUGGCAGCUUGGGUGCUUGAUCUCGUCGGACGUGACGAGUGGAACUCGGUGCUCGAUCAAAAGUUGGCACUGCCUCCACAGCCGGAGCCUUUAUACAAUGCAGUGAAACUUAGUUUGGAGUGUACCAAGGUCAGAGGCAAGGAUAGGCCAACUAUGAGUGAGGUUGCUCAGAGCUCUCUCCCCAGGCGUCGCGUUCCCGUGGAUCUUGGAGCAGCCCAGCACAUUGUCACAUGGCACGAGGACGUCCCCAGCGUGAUCAUGCAGCAAUAG